GAUCAGUUCCCUGCUGAGGAUCUCAGCCCGGCGAAAUUGAAUGAUAAGGCUGCAAAAAUGGCCUUUCUGGACUCGCUGAUCCAGGCUCUGAACGACGGCUCACUGAACGAUGUGAAAUCCGCCAAAAUCGUAGCAGGAAAAGAGCCGGAACUAACAAAUCUGCAUCGAGAAGAAAAGGAAAAAGACGAGAAGAAGGAAGAAAAGAAAGAGAAGAAAAGCUCGAAAGAAAAAGAAGGACAUCAUAAAAGCAGUAAGAAACGAACUGACGACGAAAAGAAGAAGAAAAAGGAGAAGAAGGAGAAGGAGGAAAGACAUAUCGAAGAGGUGGAGAAAGAACAUAUGGAGCACAUUGAUCGCGAUAUCAACAGUAAUGUUGUCGAAGCCCAAACGGACCAGGGUUUCGAUGAACCAACUUCUUCUCAUGUUGAAAGUCCAAAAUAUGACAAUGCUCCAGAUGGAGCUGAACAUGGUGAAUUUUCAGCUCCAAGCAAUGCUUUUUCACCAGCAAAAACAGACGAUAGUGGUGUUAGUGAUAUGACUGAAAGUCCUCGUCCACCUGUGCUUGAUAGGCCGAUGACCUCAGCUCUAGCUAGACCUCAAACAUCGAUGGGCCGUCCUGGAACCGCCGCCGCCCGGCCAGCACCUCCGAAAUUGAAAAGGAAGCAGAUAGCAACCGUUGAAGAAACGAACAUAGCUCCCGUCCAACCAGCUGCAGAAGUCAUCAGCGAAGCGGCACCAGCUGCACCUGAAGAAACAUUUCUUGUAGAAGAAGAAGAAACUGAAGACGUUUUGCCCGACACGUUCAAGGUCACGGAAAAUGAAGUGGAAGAUUUGGAUUUGAUGAUGAGAGAAUUGGAGAAAUGGCGAAAUGAAACAAAGAAGUAUGAAGCAUCACUGAAAGAUAAAGAAGCUCAAGGAAUUGGUGACACUCAGAAGCUGACAAACGUUCUGAGCCAGCUUGAUGAUGAAGUUGCCGAUGUUCGUUCAGCAGUUCGUGCAGCAAAAGCAAGGAUCAUUUCCAAUAAUGAAAGGAUACAUGAGAUGUUGAAUAACAUCUAG